AUGGUGGCCACUAACCUGGAAGAGCUUGACUUUAAGCCGGCCUUUCAUGUGUUCUGCGAAGACGCCAGGACUCAGAACUUGGGAAAAUUCAUUGAGGACGGUCUGCCCAAGUUUAAGGACCAAUCGAAGGAGAUGGGAGGCUCUGGCGAGCAGGUGCAUUUUGUGAGCGCCUGUGAGGAGAUUGACAGAACACCACUGGAGUACAAUGCUCUGUGGCUGGACGUUGCGCGCAGCUCCACACUGAAGAGCGUGGGCACCAGAGGCGAUGACCUGUCCUCAGAGGUCGCUCAUCUGUGCAAGCAGUGCGCCCAUGGCUUCUACCUGCAGGCGGACAUCUGUCUGCUGCCAAAGGGCGAGCGCACAGAACGAGUGCAAGUGCUGGCGCGGGACUUCUGCGCAAAGAGGGAGGGACAGAAGGUUCCCAUUUUCUUGACCUACCCGCGGCUCCCGGGCUUGCUACAGGGUCAGAAGCAGAUUGUGAAAGGGGAUGCCAAUUCUGGCAUCUACAUGGAUGACAGCAAGCAGGACGUGGAACGCAAGAUAAAAAAGGCUUUCUGCCCCUUGCACGACCAGGGCUUCGGGGUCCACGAGAACCCUUGCCUCGCCUACAUCACCUCCCUCGUCCUGCCCUGGGCCGGCAAAUUCACCGUCACCUUUUCCAAGGAGGACGGCCGCCGAAAGGAGUACCUGGAUGCUGCUGAGGUGGAGGCUGACUACCUGAGUGGGGCACUGCACCCCAGCGACAUGAAGCCGGCACUGGCGGCUGCGCUGAAUGCAAUCCUGCAGCCUGUGCGCGACCACUUUGCCAGUGACGCUGAGGCCAAGCGGCUGCACCAGGAAGUGAAGGCGCUCAAGCUCAAGUGAUGCAGACCCCAGGCAGCUGCCACAGUCGGGCUGCUCGCGGAUGUGUGUGGAAGUUAGCAUGGUUUCAUCCAUCUUCAGUUUCUUGCGUCUUCCAAGGAUCUGGUCAUACAACCUGGACUUGACAAACAGGAUGGGCAAUCGCCGCAGCAGACCUGAAGUGAGAUGAACUCAAUGAUAACGUGCGAGUGGCAUUAUACAUUUCGCAACAGAGCAGAAGGAUGACGGAGCUACAGACAGAGCAAAACAUACGCUAGAGUGUCUCGAAAGGGAGUGGGACACAUCUGCAGUGUGCUCAAGCUUUAAGCUUUGAAAAAGGCAGUCUAUCCCAAGU